AGCUAGCGCUGCUAUGCAAAGUAUCUGACGUGCAGGGUGUGGUUAUGAAAGUAUCCUGUCACCUUUGUUGAAAGACUUGCAAACUCUUGAACAGGAUGGCAUUUUCAUUGAAACCCUUGGUCAGCUUGUUCAGGGCACUGUGUUGUGUGUUGCAGCUGAUAACUUGGCUGCUCAUGGUCUUGCAGGCUUUGUGCAGUCUUUUCGAGGACAAUACAUCUGCAGAUUAUGCUGCUGUACUACAGACCAAAUACAGAUCAGCGAAGUUUCUGAAGGAGAGUUCAGCAUGAGAAUGAAGAAAUCUCAUGAUCUACAUGUCCAAAAAGAUUUGCAGGAAGAAAAUGUAGCUCAUUUAGGUGUUGUGGGUGAGUGUCCUCUUAGCAAGGCCCUGCAGCAUUUUCAUACCGUUACAGGUUUCCCACCAGAUAUACUGCAUGAUUUGUUUGAGGGUGUUGUACCUGUUGAGUUGGCUUUGUGCAUCCGUGAAAUGAUUCGGCGGAAGUAUUUCACGCUUGAAUAUCUGAACACAAAGAUUCACACAUUUCCGUAUCAGCAUUUUGACAAGAUUGAUAAGCCACAACCAAUCCCAAAGAGUUUUGUUGCCAAACUAAGUAUUGGAAGAAAUGGACAUGAAAAUUCUGCUUUGCUGAGAUUAUUAACCUUGAUGAUAGGAAGUAAGGUCCCAGAAGGCAAUGAAACAUGGGACAUAAUAAUGAACCUUAAAGAAAUUGUCCAGCUUGUGUUAUCUCCUUCUUUCACAGAGGAAUCCCUUCAGUACCUGCAGACCAAAAUAAGUGAUCACAGACAGGCUCUUAAAGCUGUGUUUCCAGACUUAAAUCUCAGACCAAAACACCAUUACAUUGAACAUUACCCGGAACUGAUCAAGUGUUUUGGGCCUCUGGUUCAUCUGUGUACCAUGAGGUUAGAAGGGAAACAUCGUUUUUUUAAAAGGGUGAUGCAUGACACACACAAUUUUAAAAAUAUCUUGAAGACUCUUGCUGAUAGGCAUCUGUCCAUGAUGGCUUUUCAUAUGAAUGCCCCAUCUUUUUUCAAACCCCAAAUACAAACCAGAAGUGUUACUUCUGUGCAGGUUACUACUCAACCUCAAGUGGCGAAAGACUUCAUAAAGACCAAGACAGACAGCCAAAAUAUAUAUAGCACAUCAGUGGUCUCCAUACAUGGCACAGAUUAUGCAAAUGGAAUGUUUGUAUCUGCAGGACAGUCAGGGGGACUUCCUAAUUUUUGCAAGAUUGAAUGUAUACUUCUUGUAAAUAACUCUGUGUCAUUUCUGUGCAGGUCCUACGAGUGCUGGUACAUCGAGCAUUUAAGAUCAUUUAAGCUGACAUCAUUGGACAAUUUCUCUGUGCAUGAGCUAUCAGAACUAAAUGACACAGAAUGGAAGCGCAGAACUUUUUCCUGCAUGUCCAUACAUCCACUGACAUUGUGAGGAAGAUGACUUUAUCUUCACGUCCAGCAUCUGUGGAAGAGCUAAAAACAAAGAUAAAAGAGAAAUUUGAUCUCACCAUUGACUUUACCCUAUCAUACCAAGAUCCUGACUACAACGGGCAGCUAUGUUCCCUUUUAGACAUUGAGGAACUUCCACAGAAGGCUGUCCUUAUAGUGGUGCGAUCUGAGAAUGAUGCUAGUUCUGUAGCAUCUGAUGACACAGUAAUAUUGCCACAUGCAAGGAUUCCAGAGAGGGCUGAAAUGUGGCCUUGCAUUUUUCGAGUGCCAACUUUUUCUUUUGAAGUAGAACUUGUACUUGCUGAGGGAAAUGCUGCAUACGAGACAACAGGAAAGACUUUGAAGUUAAAUAGAGUACAAAAGCACAACAUUCUUGAGACCCUAGCAGAACAAAUGCAUGGCUAUAAAGCAUACCCUAAUGUUAAGGAAAUUUCUAUGGUAGCAGAAGCCCUUGUCAACAAGCAUCCCUGUCUAAAAGAGCCAGGCUCUUGUGCAGGUUAGUAUGGAUGGAAGAACAGCCUAACAUUUAAGAUGGGCAACUACCGCACCAAAAUUAAGUCGUGCUGGAUCUCAGGAAGUUGCUGUAAAUUCUGGAAAGAGGAGUAAAAACAACCCCCAAAAAGAUGCCCCUCACACGAACAUCAAAAGACCAAAAAGGGCAGAAAUUUAUUUCCUUCCAAAUUUCCCAAGAGGUGAUGAUACUUCAAGCCUCGAACAACAAAGACAAAGAAUUAUAGAUGAAGUUCAGAUGGCUGACAAAAAUCUUGUCCUGAUCACAAGGUUAAUGGACAGCACUUUUGCUUUGCGGCGCAAAGAGAUCGUCUGUAAUGAGAUACCAGUUGAUGAAAUCCUGAAACGAUGGCCUGCUCUUA